AUGAGGCUGUCUCUGGUGCUAGUGUGGUUGGGUGCAGCGGCGGCUUGCGGCCCGGGCCGCGGCUUUACACGCCGCCACGGACCGCGCCGCAUCACCCCUCUAGUAUUUAAUCAACAUGAUCCGAACAUUAGUGAAAACUCCAAAACAGCCAGCGGCCCCCCUGAGGGUCGUAUCACGAGAGACGAUGAAAAGUUCAAAGACUUAGUGCCUAAUUAUAAUCCCGAUAUCGAGUUUCGGGAUGAGGAAGGCACCGGCGCUGAUCGCUUGAUGACCCAGGUGAGAUUUUAUAGUUUACCAAAAGGUCUGACUUACUGA